CGGAGCCGYGGCUCGCGUGGCGGGAACGGUCCCUCAGUGAGGGCGGAGCGCGGGCGCCAUUGCGGGAGCGGCGGCCAUUCCCGGGCUCCGGAGCGGUGGUGUUGCUGGGCCAAGUGGAAAAAUCGCGUGAGGAGGCAGAUGAUCCCCACAGUUUCAAGUCAUAACAGAAGGUCCUGAUGUUGUCGUAGUGUUGUUCCUCUACCUCAAGUCAUGUCGCAGAAAUCCACGGCCCCGCUUUCCUUGUCUGACUGCCUCUGCCAGAUUUGCAUGGAGAUCUUUUUGGAGCCUGUCACGCUGCCGUGCAGCCAUACCCUCUGCAACUCCUGCUUCCAGAUGACAGUGGAAAAGGCCAGCCUUUGCUGCCCCUUUUGUAGGCGCCGAGUCUCUUCCUGGGCACGGUACAAYACUCGCAGAAAUACUCAUAUCAACUGGGAACUCUGGGAGAAGAUUCAAAAGAAUUUCCCGGCGGAGUGCCAGCGGAGAAUUAACGGACAGGAUUUGGAUGAAGAAAUCUGUGUACCCAAGCCACGGCACCAGCUGAGCAAGCCUGGGGAGCUGAGGCAGGAAUAUGAAGCAGAGAUUAGUAAGGUGGAGGCAGAAAAGCGAGCACACGAACAAGAGGAGAACAAGGCGAGUGAGGAAUACAUCCAACGGCUGCUGGCAGAGGAGGAGGAGGAGCAGAGGCUGGCAGAAGAGAGACGGAGGGAGAUGGAGAAACAGCUGAAGCAAGAUGAAGAGCUGGCCUGGCAGCUCAGUAACAGUCUGAAUGAGGAUCCCGAGGGACACGUACUGGGCAGCCCGUCACCUGCACACAGCGUCUCACUUCAGGCGUCCCCAGCGAACUUGUCCAAGGAAARGAACAAACCAAGCAACUCUGGAGACAUUCAGAAGUAUUUGUCUCCAAAGAAUCAUGGUGUGUUGGGAUCAGCAUCAUUCUCUAGUACCACAGGAAGAGGCAGGAGCAACUCUGUCUCUACGGAGCCCAACAGCAAUGAAGGCAGCAGUUCUGYGUUGCAGGAUGAGCAAGAGGAAAUGCCAACCCUGUCUCCACAGCUGACCAGUGUACUUAAAGAUUCUGGUGCUAAGGAUUCGUUUUUGGAAUCAUGCAUGAACUAUUUCAGUGCCUCAGCUUCAGGUGAAGCUGCCACUGUCAAGCAGGAAGAAACACCAGGACCAAAUUGUUCAGAAGAUGGAGUUCCAGAUGUACUUCAUGGAGCCACAGAAGGGGAAGGGUCUAGAACAGUUCUUUGUAGAUCCAAAGGAGAAGAUGAUGGAAUUGAGUCAGACAGUGGCAAUUUAACACAUGUGCAGAGYGUAAACCUUGAAAAGUCUGAUGAAACUGGUACAUCUGUUCAGUCAGAAAUGAACUGUGUGAUGUCUGACAGCCAGACUGCGUUGUGUGAUCUGGGGAAGGAGGCUGGACACUCGGGUGAARAGACACCAGAGAGGCCACAGAACACUAAGGAGAAUCCCAAAAGGAAGUUGCUGCAGGCCCCAGCUGAUGCCAUGGGUGACUUGUGUGUGCUUGAUAAGAGGAGAAGAACCUCUUCAGGAGRUGUAGAAGACCAGGGGGAGCAGAUUAAUGAUUUCAACUUGGAAACACAAAGAGCCUUUGAGCAGGAGUUCUAUGAAAGGCGUAGGCAGGAGGAGCAGGACAGGCUUCUGGCCCUGCAGCUGCAGAAGGAGCUCAACAAGGAGGAAAGGACAAUGAAUCGACAGAAGGGCUCUCCAGACGAGUAUCCCCUUCGCACCAAACCACCUCGGUCUGUGAAAGACUCUUCUGCCAGAAAGGCAAGUCCCAAGAUGGCAAAAGACUCAAAGGCAUCAAAAAAACAAGCUGAAACCAAUCAGCAYAAGACUCGGAAAGGUUCCUGCAAUGAAAACUGGCAGUCCCCUGCCAGGAUUCGAGUGAAGUCCCCCAGUAUCAAGGAAGGAAAGGUUUUGAAUUGUGUGGUUAACACCAGUGACACAAAUGAUAUUUGUUCACUGCCUGUAAACAAGCAAAAGACAAUCCUGCAGAUGUUUAAAAGCCCUGUUGCAGAGUAGAUCAGCAGAGCCACAGACAUGUUGUGGAAUGGGAAUGGAACUGUGGUGAUGUUCUCCUGAGUUAGGCAAAGCUUCCCUAAACAGUUUUGAGUUUUUGCUUUCAAGGGGAACCACUUUGAGAAGAGAUGCUGUGAGUUCUGAGAAGUUUAAGUAACACACACCCCCAGAAASUAAUGGUUUUUGAUGGUUCUUUCUUGAAUAUUAUUUUCUAGCACUUGCAGCACUUUUUGCAGGAGUCAGAGCACUUCUUAUUUUCUAGCUUGCAUUUACAUGGUUUGGAGUAUGAAUACUGGUAGUGUUGAAAAACAAGGAUAACUGAUGAUCUGAUCUUAAAAUGAGAAUCUGGAGCCUUUGGUGGAAAAGAUGGAGGAAAUAAGUGAAAAAUGAGUCUGUAUUCCCAGCUGGCUGUCAGCUGCAAGGUUGAAGCUUCCCUCAGCACAACCACUGUCCUGGAAAUUGAAGAAUGUAGCCAGAAUUGAGGCUGUUUCUGGAAUUAUAUUGUUCACACACCGGUAAACACACGAGUGACCAGACAGCCACUCUUUUCCUCUCGUAUGCUCACCCCUGCCUUGGACAAAGAGGGAAGAAACAGGUCACUCUGUGCUGCUAAAGCCAAGGAUCUUUCAGGGAUGCCAAGGCUGUGGCUCCUGUUCACCUCUGUUCAGAGAGAUCCCUCCUGCAAAUCCCAUUUUCCCUGUUGUUAAGAACAAGAUACUUUUGUUUUCUUACUGUUCAUGUUCUGCAUUUUUAUUGUUGUACAAUAGUGUUACUAUAUUUACUGCUGUUUAAUUUGCAUACUCAAAGUGGCUUGAGUACAAUUAAAACAUUAGUUCAGAAGCCAGUUACGAUGGAGAAAGUUCAAAAGGAAAAAAAAAAAAAACAACUGAAAACUGGAGUUGUUAGUAAUGACAUAACUGUAAUUAGAGAUUCACAUAACUGCCCUGCCUGGCUAUAACUGUUUCUCUCUGGUUUUAGAGGCAGUACCAAAUACUGUUGCUUUUGGUUUAAAACUAAAAUAACUCAAAAAAAUUGUAAUUUAGACAUGGAGGUGCUGAGGCCUGUAAGAAGUUGAGGCUGAAGGGAGAGUCAACCAGAUGCUAUUAUGCAGAGGAGGUUCUGCCARUUGUUUUAUAAGGCCAUAUUUUGGCUUUUCUUUGCUUCUUCAGAGCUACUUUUGCAUUGUCUAUGUUUGAAAUGGAUCCAAGUGCCAGCUGCAGUGCUGAAGGGUGUGCACUGGUCACCAAAGUCAGCCAAUGUUUGAGUUUUGUCCUUUUUUUGAACCCCACUGAUGACUUUAAUUCUGUUCUGGGAAAUUUGUAACAAAAUACUUCAAAUCAGCAUCUUCUGCUGGUUUAAGUUUAAAAAAAGACAAWUGUUAUGGAAGACAUGACCAGCACACUGAGCCAAAAAUAAGAAUUGUUGAGGUUUUUUUCCCCUUGGCCUGCAUGUCUCUAUCAUUGGUGGGCUUCUCAUAAAUAAAUGUUCUGUUCAGAGAUAUGUUUUGAUAAAGUUACAACAGGUCACCAGUGGCAAAUCCUUUGAUUUUCCCCCUGCUGCCUCAGCCAUUGUUCUGGAAGCCUUCCUUCAAUAUGGGUCUGUUUUCCUUUAGUCCUUACUGUAGUUGGGAUUAUUUUCUGUCUUACCCAUUAUGUCAAAAACAUCAUUCAUUAAAGUUUUUUUUAAGGCCACU